CUCAAGUUCAAUUGCUUUACGAUAGUACGUCGUGAAAUGAGGCGGCUUGGCCGCAGUAUUGGCGGAAGCUAGCCUUGUGCUUUGCGGCAAUGGCGUGAGCUUUUUUCGGGGCUGCAGGUACCAGUGGUCGUGUUUGUGUCAGGCUUUAGGGGUUUCUUAAACUCUAAGUUUUUGUGGAGUUUUUUUCUUUUUUUCUUUUUGUCUUGACCCUGCGGAAAGGCAAGUGUAAUUUCUCCACGUCGCUGUUGGAAGUCAGAGAUUUUUCUCCCAGAGAGGCGCCUUUCUUUUUCCUGUGUCUUUUCCACACAUUUUACUCUUAUCCCGUUAGACCCUCCCCACCAGCCCCUCGCAAAACGACUCGUCAUCUUAUUUGGUUUUACUUCUAUGCUUUGGGCGAAUUCCAGCCUCGAGGUGAUCACUCCUUCCCUCUUUAGCGGAUCCCCGCCCACCUCCAUCUUCGUCCUCUGGGGGAGAGCAGUCCCUCGCGGCCAGUCUGAGGAAUGCGGCGUAGCAGCUCUCGGCAGGACUCCUUGCCUGAAGAGUGGCCUUCCUCCGCCCUCGGACAGGCUUUCUCCCAGAUUUUACACCGUUUUACCAGCCAGGAGUCCCUACGGGACAAGGAAAGAAAUGCAGCUCUUCGGGACCUCAGCGCUCUAAUGGAAGGCACAGACUGUGAUAGAUUAUUUGAGGGGAGUGGCACAUCGCUCCGCGGAAUGCCAGAGAUGCUGGGGCAAGUGGUUAAAGCCCUGGAGAAAUAUGCAGCCCCACCCAAGGAACAGGAAGGUAAAAGUGCUGGUUACUCUGAAGUGGCCGAGAAAGCGGCAGCUGUUGGGUUACUAUUUCUUAAGCUACUGAGGAAAGUUGAGGCGGCCAAGAAUUUGGUUUACCCUGCAUGGAAGACAAGCCUACGUCGCUUGGCAGGGCCCGUCUAUAUCUUUGCCAUCACACACAGCUUGGAGCAGCCAUGGACCAGCCCAAGAUCUCAGGACGUUGCUGGAGAUGUGCUUGCCUUACUCCUUCAAGUUACUGAGUGUAGUUCUGUGGCGGGGUUUCUACACGGAGAAAAUGAAGAUGAGAAAGGGAGAUUUAUUGUGAUAAUGGAGCUUCUCAAACCGGAUUUGAAUAAGGAAUCCUGGAAGAAUAACCCUGCCACCAAACAUGUUUUCUCACGGACUCUGCAACAGGUCACUCGACCCUGGCUGAACCAGCAUUUGGAAAGAGUGCUUCCUCCAUCAUUGCUCAUCUCAGAUGACUAUCAAACUCAGAACAAAAUCCUGGGUGUACACUGCCUCCACCACAUUGUGCUGAAUGUGCCAGCUGCUGAUUUGCUCCAGUAUAACAGGGCUCAGGUCGUAUACCAUGCCCUUUUCAACCACCUGUACACACCAGAGCACAACCUCAUUCAGGCUGUACUCCUCUGUCUGCUGGAUUUAUUCCCAGUCCUGGAGAAAGCUCUGCACUGGAAGGGUGAUGUGGCUCAACCCCGCACACGCUGUGAUGAGACACUGCAGCUGAUCCUGACCCACAUGGAGCCAGAACACCGCCUCCUCUUACGCAGGACCUAUGCGAGAAACCUGCCAGCUUUUGUGAGGAGGUUGGGCAUCCUAAGUGUCCGGCACUUGAAGAGACUGGAGCGAGUCAUCAUUGGUUAUCUGGAGGUUUAUGAUGGACCAGAGGAGGAGGCUAGACUACAGAUACUGGAGACCCUAAAACUUCUCAUGCAGUAUACCUGGCCCAGAGUUCCCUGUAGGCUUGUGGUUUUAUUGAAGGCUCUCUUGAAACUGAUAUGUGAUGUAGCAAGGGAUCCAAGCCUUACACCUGAGCCUGUUAAGAGCGCCUUGUUAGAGGCGGCCACGGAAUGCCUCAUUCUCCUGGAUCACUGCUCUCAAGGACAGGUGAAGGAUCUCCUGGCCAAAAUUUCCCAAAGCUGUGAAGAUAGCAAGGUUUUGAACUGUAUCAGGAAAGUGCAGCAGGUUUCUGAAGGUGCUCCCUACGAUGGAACUUAAAGACAUUUUCUUUCCACUCAGGGCCUUGUCAAAGGCAUGAAUGGGGAAGUUGUAGAUGUCGCCAUACUGAAGAACAUAAACACAGACUGGCUUUUACUACAUCUGGAUCUUAUACUUAAAGUCUGCUGUUCAAUAAGCAUAUUAUUUUCCUCAGUGUUAAGGAAGAAUACUUUGAUGAGUAAUAUUUCUAUACUACUUUUUCAAGCCUAGAGGUGGCAAUGUCUUUAAAAAGUCCAUUUUGACAUUUAAAUAAUUUAGAGGCUAAUAUCAAACAGGUAAGUCCUAUAAGGGAAGGAAAUGGAUUAUCUAAAAUUUUUAUAGUCUGUAAAAUCCUUGAAUGGAACAAAUUAAUUUUGCUGACAAAGGGUGAAUAGUAAGGAAAGUAAAUUUUAUUCAUGUUAUCUUUGUAAAUGACACUGAUUUUUUUAAAAAGAAAAAAUUUUAAAGACCUUUUGAAGACUAGGGUAAUAUACAGGAGGAUCAAAACUGUGUGGCUUCUGUACAGAGAUCUGGAACUGCUGCAUUUGGAAACAGGCAUUGAGAAUAAUGGAAAAAGAGAAAGGUCUCUUACUGAACAGAGUACCAAGAGUAACCAAAGUAUUUCAUGUGCUUGCUUCAAAGGGGUAAAGUGAGGAAGCCAGGGCCUGCUUGAUAUUUAUUUAUUCUAGGAAUAAAACCAAAGUGAAGAUCUUUCUAGUAUCUCUGAAAAUAAAACACAUUUCCCAUUGUUUCCUAGCAUGAUGUUACCACCUAAAAAUAACUUUAUACCCCAAAGUUCCUAGCUUUCUCACCGUGUCUUGUUUCAGUCUCUCCAGCAAUUCCUUUUCAAUGGCAUUGUCCAGCUGAGCAGCUAUCAGUGCCUUUUCCUAAAUGAGAAAAAGAGUAAACCCAUAUACUUCAUUAGUACUCAUUUUUCAGUACAGACGUGGGUGAAGCUAUCAAGUUUUUACGAGGAAGACAUAAUCACUUUUUCCCUCCUGCUAUUAUUGGCACUUUAGCAACCAGAUAUAUUUCUUCUUUCCCUCUCAGAACUGGGGAACUUUUUAAUUUAAAAAAUUAUUAGGGUUUUAUAAGUAGCAUUCUAAACAACUAGAUUCUAACAAAGCCUUUGAUAGAAAUAAAAACCAUGUAGGUCUAUGUACAUUUAAGUGUCUCAGAAAAUGAGCAAUCGUGAAGCAGUCUUUGUGAAAGCUGAGAAGUGGAAACAGAUGAGACCUUAACUCUUUUACAUUUUCUAAAACCCUGUUAUAUUCCAUGUGAUAGAUUGAAAAGUAGAUAAAAAAACAUAAAAUUCUUAACCUCAAUGUAGUCUAAGACUGUACAUUAAUGUGAUAGUGAAGGUCAGUACAUUAAUGUGAUAGUGAAGGUCAUAAAGGAUUUUGAAAAGUUACUGAACUAUGUGAGAAUAUCAAGUGUGCUUGGUAAAUUACAGUGCAGGAAGACUGGGGCCAUGUGGACCAGUUAAAAGGUUACUGUGAUGGUUUACACUGUCCUCUAACCUGGGUGCUUAUACCUCAAGGGUGAUCCACUGAGAUGUAAGAAGAAAAUACUCAAAACUUCUGUGUAUAUAAACUUGUAUGUAUCUUAAAGAAAAGCAUUAAAAAUAUCUUCUAUGCAUAACAA